AUGACAACUUUUGUAAUUCCUUCUGAUUCCAAAUUAAGCAAAAUUAUAGAUUUGGCUUUUCAAUAUUCAGCAAUUACUUCAAUAUCAUUCCCAAAAACGCUGACAUUUCUUGGUGUGAAUUCUUUCCAGUAUUGUCAAAGUUUGAAAUCAGUCACAUUUGCAGCUGAAACAAAUUUACCAUCCCUUGGUGGUGGAGUGUUCAAAUCAUGCACAUCAUUACCAACAAUCACAAUUCCAUUGACUGUUUCAUCUUUUGAACCAUCUGCAUUCGCAUUUUGUUCAAGUUUAGUGAGUAUUAAUGUCCCAUCUGAAAACCAAUACUAUACAAGUAGAGAUGGAAUUGUAUACACUAUCAACAGACUAAAACUUAUUUGUUGUCCAGGAGGAAAAGAAGCAGCUCUCAUAUACAAUUAUAUUAUUGUAAUUGGCUCUAAUGCAUUCUAUGGAUGUAGUAAACUUCGCGACUUGACAUUCGAAGAUGGCUGUGAAUUGGAGACAAUUGAAGAUGGAACUUUCUACUCUUGUACUGCACUCGUUAGAGUCGAUCUACCAACAUCAUUGAGAGCAGUUGAGCAAAAUGCUUUUGCAGGGUGCACUAACCUGACAAUUAUUACAUUCCCAAACUGCUCUCUCGUGAACUUAGAUGCAGAAUUAAUUUUUGCUGACUGUACAUCAUUGAUGACAUUUACAUUCGGUAAGUUUUGCGCCCUCAACGCUCUCGGUGUGAGAAUAUUUUCAAACUGCAGGAAACUUAAGACAAUUAACAUUCCUGCAAACUGCACAACUAUCAAAGAAGAUGCUUUCAUCAAUUGCGAAUCAUUAUCGAACCUAACAUUCGAGUUACAUUCAAAGAUGUCAUCUCUGAGCGAAACCGCAUUCUCAGGUUGUACUUCUCUGACGAACUAUACAAUUCCAGACUCUUUUAAUCGGAUUACAUCAUUAUGUUUCGGAGGUGCGCCAUCAAUUGAGUCAGUAAACAUAUUACCGAACUUGGAAAUAGAGUCUAUAUGCACAAAUGCAUUCACAAAUUUUAAUCUCAGAUUCAUAAACAUCGGAGAAGGGACUACAGUUUCAAAUAUCGAAGAAUAUGCUUUCUGUAACACAAGUAUUGAGUCAUUCCAUCUUGAUUGCGAAGUCUCUCUAUCAUCAUAUGUUUUCAAGAAUUGUUCAUCAUUGAAAAAUGUUUAUAUAAAACAAAUCUUGAACUCACCAUUUGAAUCUACAAGUUUUAUUUAUUCAAAGAGAUUAAUGUCUGUAGAAUCUGAAUAUUACACUAUUCCUAUUGGAACAUUCUUUGGUUGUAAUAAUCUAGAAUCAAUCAUCAUAAACAAGAAUAUAGUGAAUAUCUCAGAUUACGCAUUUACAGACUGUAAAAAUCUCGUUUUCAAUAUUCCGCGUUCAGUAGAAAGAAUCGGAAAUUUUGCUUUCAAAAACUGUUUUAACAUCAAUAAAAUUCCUGAAAAUGUUAUAUACAUCGGAAAUUCAUCUUUCAUCAGAACCAGUGUUCCAAGUGUUAUUCGUUUGUGUACACAUGUAAAAUACAUUGGAUCUUCUGCAUUCUUGAAUACUGGAGUCCGAAUUGUUUACUUUUGCGGCUCUCGAGAUUUCUCACAGUUCAACCCUUCUUUCGAACAAGGAACGAACGUUAUUGUCGGAUCCGAUUACCAACACAGCAUGUUCUGUGGAUCUCCUACAUUCCAUAAGACGUCCAAUAUUUGCAGUGACAUCAUCGAAACUAACUUCGUCGGUGUCGAUAUUUUUAAGAAACAAAUGAAGAACGAAAUGAUAACGCACACAUCUUUUCUUCUCAUUUCAUCAUGCUACCUUGGUUUAUGGUAG